AAGGGAUUUAUGGUCUUAAUAUAUUCAAUUUAAUUUAAAUUGGCUUUCAUAUUACUUUUUGUACUUAUCUAAAUGCAUUUUAAAUUUGUCUUAGGUACUUUGAUAUUAGAUCCGAUACAUCCGUGAUAGUAUUUUUGGAUGCAAUUAAUCAUACGAAUUCCGAAGGAAUAUUAUAUUCUAAUGUGGAACUUAGUAACCAUAUUAACGUUGGUGAUAUUAUGUGGGACGAAGCUCCAGACGGUAUUGAUGAUUUACUGUUAUUUAAAGCAAGUAUUAAAGAGUACAUAUUUAUUUAAUUAGUUUUAUUUUAAAUGAGCCAUUUACUUCAUGCCCAAUUACAUGUAGUUUAAUAACAAACGUUCGAUAACAAUGAUAUUGAUAAGAAAAUAUUGCAAAAAAAACAGACAAUUAACAAUCAAUAAAAUACUAAUACCAUUACAUUAACUAGUUUGAAAAAAACUACACAUUUCGAAAGAGUUAAAGUUUAGUGAUAUGAACAAAUCGAUUUUAAUUUAUACGUUGUUUCCAUAAUUCUAUUGGUGGAGGGGAGAUUAUUUGUUCAUGCACCGUUAUCACCGGUACCCCACGCACCGUUAUCACCGGUACCUACUAGUGUUUUUGGACCGGCCGUCCCGCACCCCUGCCUUCCACUUAGCUUUGUCACCGUGCAAACCGGUACCGCUCGCCCGGUCGACCUUCGUGUGUGUGCGACCUUUGCCGUACACUCGUGGCCUAUCGCCUGAGUCUAUUGCGUUUUAGUUUCCGUUGUUGUCCAUUGAGGUUGUCGGGUCGUUUAUCGAUUUAAGUUUCAGCGCGAACGCCCGCAUCUCAUAUAAUCGCCGUGUUUUACGUCGACGCCACUCGUGUUUACGCCAUCGAGCCGCUUCUUGUGCCGUGCACGUGUUGCGGCUCCAACGUCCAAGCUCCAGUUAACGGGAGCUUAAUCAAGUUCGUUUAUAUCCGCUACGUUUCGUUUCGUCACGCGUUUGCGCAGUAUCAUCCGCUUGCGUCCGAUUCGUAUCCGCUAUACAUGAUUUUUAAGCCCUUGCGUCGUUGACCGCUGGUUGGUGAGACGAUUGUCCUCCGCGGUCCACUUAAUCUCAACAGAAGUCGAAGCCAAAACAACGCCACCUCGUGGGACUUUUGUCGCCGUCAAGUCACCCCUAUCGCUGCUUAUCUGCCAUACCACAUUGGACCGCCGCCAAUAACGUCUGGUCGUGAGUCGUGAUAGCCUUGUAUAAUAUGUUUUUUUGUAUCAAUUUAUAGGUUAGCAAACCAUUUGUUUAUGUACACCCGCGUGAACAAGUUUCCGAUUACACUGUUAAUAUUUUCAUUUUAUUACUCUUUUCAUUUGUAUAUAUGUAUUGCGCGCAAAUCUAACUUUGGCUAAUUCUGAACCAGCUUAUUUCUGUUUUGAAUAUUUAAAUAUAAUAACGCGCGGGCCUUGCCGCACGUCCCCGUCAAAUCACUUAUUAAACGGCAUUUAUAAGUGUGGUCGUCUAGCCCAUAAUCCCCAAACAUCCUAAUAUAUUUUUCUCUUCUCCAACAAUGUAGUAGUUGAUGUUUACCACCCAUUAGUAGGAGCAUCUCGGCUAAACAUUAUUGCUUGUAUACAGUAGUUGCUUGUAUGGGUUACUUCAGUGUAAUUCAUUAUUGAAUUAUUAGUUUAAUGAACCAUUAAAAUCAGCACAAUUUCGACGAAUAUAACCAAGGAUGUUGUUUGAUCUAUUAGGAAUGUUGUUGACAUUACAUUCGAUAUAAAGUUUAGNUUUCAAUUUUGUAUAUUUAAAUAUAAAUAGUAGGAGCAUCUCGGCUAAACAUUAUUGCUUGUAUACAGUAGUUGCUUGUAUGGGUUACUUCAGUGUAAUUCAUUAUUGAAUUAUUAGCUUAAUGAAUCAUUAAAAUUAGCACAAUUUCGAUGAAUAUAACCAAGGAUGUUGUUUGAUCUAUUAGGAAUGUUGUUGACAUGACAUUCGAUAUAAAGUUUAGGAAUAACAAAAAAUACCAAGGUCCAUAAUAGUUCUCAUAGUUCGAAGAAGCAUUUCAUUGUACACAUUUUAAUUAUAUGUUCAGAAUAGAGUUUAGUGAUAUUUUCGUAUUAUUUGCUGUAAAAAUUAAAAUUCAAUCAAAGGACAAAUAAAAUGAAGAUUUUACAAUACCCUUUGAUUUUAAUAUUUAAAUCGUAACUUAAAAAAAAAAAAAAAAAAAAACCAAUUAGUGGCAGUUCAGCUGCAUAGAUCGGCCGAUUUUCCUCCUUGUGUUUUUGAUUAUAACAUUGAGGCAUUCUUUGAAAAACAAUCAAUACCAAUCAACACACUAAUAAUACAUUAUUAUAAUAGAAAGAGAGACCAUCCCUUUACUUCUUGUAAAUUAUACAAUAAUGAGUACUGAUAUACGCAUGAAACAUUACAUCCCUUAUACUCGAUAGCUAUUUAUUGGGUAUAGCUUAAAUUUGUAAAGAAAAAUUUAUUUUAACGUUAUUUGUUUAAAAACUUUUCUGUUUACGAUAUUUAUUUUUUAAAACUGUUAGUAACACUGUUUACCUAAUAUUUUUACUAUCUGCACAUUAUUUAUUGAUGUCCGGAAUUUGACUACAUUUUAGAAAUAAUCAAUUUUAUUUCGAACCAGGUGGCUUACCUAUAAAUAAAUUAAGAACAUCAGACAAAUUCGAUUGCCCAAUUAUAAACUACACGAAUAAAAUCGGAAUCGGAGAAUACCAUAUACUUUACUUAAUGUACAUUAUCAAAUGUAAACAAAAAUCGUUAUUGUGUUAUAAAUAAUUAAAAAAUCCCUAAUGUAAUCUUAAUAUUAAAAUUAAAACCUAUGUACAGCAUGUGCCUCGGGAAUAUUGAAGUCAGAUAAUAUUUACAUCAACAUUAUUUCUUACCCGUAGAUAAUUUCGAAAUACAUCUAUGAAGUUUACCUUAAUAUGAUUUAAUAAGAUUUAACUAUGUUAUAGCUGAUUACCACGAACGAAACCACAAAUGUUUCAGCGGUAGCUCUCAAAUUACCAGCGAACGAAAUUGUGGAGGAGUUCAAUUGUUUCGUUGUGACCCGUUGUUCGGUGAGUAAAACAUGAUGUAGAAUAGAGUACAAUGACUUAAGGUUUUUUUUUUCUUGAAUGAAAAAAAAAAUUGUUUUAAUGUGAUCCCUAUCAAUCAUAAUUAUGUUAUGUACAUUUAUGUGUUUUUCAGGAUGGCGUCGUGCGUGGUUUGUCAUAUAAUCUGAUAGGACAGNAAUUUGAAUUGGACUUCGAGGUAAUAUUCUUAACUAUGUCAUUUUUAAAAAUCGUUAUCCUUUUACAGUCUAUUUCUUAAAGCACCAUUUUGUAAUUACUCUCCCGUGCACCACUCUCGAAAACUAUACCCGUCUUUUAAAGUAAACAGUAAAUAAAAAUUUUUCGAUAUUCAUCUCUUCCCUACAUUAUAUGUGCAUUGUCGUUCCAUGAAUUAAAUAGGUCGUGCGGGCGAAGUAAACAAGAGAAAUGUUUUCAUUUUAUAAACGAAACAUAUUAUUAUAUUUUAAUACGAUAUUUUGGUUUUUUAUGGUUUUCAAUGUUUUUCGUAUAAGGUAAUGUGUCCCAACUUAAUGUAAUGUGUAUUUUACCUAAUGAUAUUUAUAUUACAAUUAGUUAACCUAUAUUUCAAUUCAAUAUUUGUUUUGAUAUGAACUAAUAUAACGAUAUUGUUAUUAUUAAGUUAUUGAAACCAGGGUCUAUCGUUGUAUGUGAUAACCAGUUGUUGAGCAUCAAAACGAACCAUACUUCGUUAUGCCCUCUUUUCUACCCGCAGAAUUGGAUAGAACAUAGUAUACAGGGUAAAGAAAAUCAAAAGUCGAUCCGCAAUAAUAAAUGAUAAAGUAUAUUAUUAUAACUUAUCCGGAAGUUACAGUUUAAAAGUAAGAUUUAUUUAUUUAGUUUUUUUUUCUUUUUUAAAUAUGAUAUUUGUUUCAGGACUACUAAAAUUGACGGAAUUUAAGACAUACCUGUGCAUUAUUUCACAAAAUUCAUUCUCCAGAGAUUAAUACUACAAUUAAUUUGAAUAUGUUAAUUUCAAGUUCAAUUAUUCGUUGUGUUAUUAUUGAGUUAUAACUUGUAAUUAUUAUUGUAAAUAUAAGAUAAAAUCGUUUAAUUCUCCAUAUUGUAAUUUUGUCGUUUACGUAAUAUAAUAUGGAAAUUAAUUUUACUGUA